UCCAAAUGGGUCAUGCGUUUCAAAAAAUAAGCUCUCUUGCAUGCUCUGUUUUUGUGCUUUCAUGUCUUCACCAGUUAUGUUGUGCUAAACAAGUGGAGCAUUUUGGUAACAUAAAACGAUCAGAAUUGGACGGCUGUGAUUUCUUCCAAGGGAGUUGGGUUUAUGAUGAUACGUAUCCUCUCUACAAUAAGUCCAUCUGUCCGUUCAUUGAGCCACAGUUCGACUGCGAAGGCAACGGACGCCCAGAUAAACUCUAUCUCAAAUACAAAUGGAAGCCCAAUGCAUGUGAAUUGCCAAGAUUUAACGGCCUGGAUUUCUUGACGAAGAUGAGGGGCAAGAAAAUAUUGUUUGUAGGGGACUCCCUCAGUCUUAAUCAAUGGCAGUCACUAGCAUGCAUGCUGCAUGCUGCAGUGCCCCAAUCAAACUUCACCAUUGGCAAGAAAGGCAUUCUCUCCAUGUUUAUGUUACCAAAUUAUAAUAUUUCAGUGAUGUUAAAUCGGAAUGAAUUUCUAGUGGAUCUAGUCAAAGAGAAGAUAGGAGUGGUUCUAAAGCUAGAUUCCAUCAACAUUAGUGGCAAAGCAUGGAAAGGCUUCGACAUGCUCAUCUUCAAUACCUGGCACUGGUGGCUCCACAAUGGAACCAUUAAACCAUGGGACUACAUUCAAAUAGGAGAUAAGCUAUACAGAGACAUGGAUCGUUUGGCUGCUUUUAAGGAGGGACUAACUACAUGGGCGAAGUGGGUGGACUCUAAUAUUGAUCCUAAAUUCACUCAAGUAUUUUUUCAAGGCAUCUCUCCUACCCACUUCAAUGGUAACGAAUGGAAUGAACCAAAGGCAACUUGUGUGGGACAAACCCAACCACUAACUGGUUCAAUAUAUCCCGGUGGUUCAAUACCCGCGGCGGAGGUGGUGAAAAAUGUGAUUAGGAACAUGGUGAUGCCGGCCAAAUUGCUCGACGUGACGACACUUUCAGAGCUAAGAAAAGACGGACAUCCAUCCACUUAUGGCAUCGCUGGGAAGAGGGGAAACGAUUGUAGCCAUUGGUGUCUCGCUGGUGUCCCUGAUACUUGGAAUCAACUCUUAUAUGCAAUGUACAUUAAUGGUACCGUACGCCAAGAAGAUAAAUUUAAUUAUCAGCUAUAAAUUAAUUAAUUAAUUUAUCAAUUUGUAGCAUGUAAACUUCAAUGGCUGAGAAAAUACAAGUGUUGCAUUAGUUAAGGUGAGGCUAUUAUGAUUUAUUAGUUGUUGACAUUCUUAGGUGGAGAUGUGGUACCUAUUUGACUUUAUUUUCUGUGUAUGGUUAAUGGGGAAAAUUUAUGAUAUGUCAUAUAGUAUUUUCUUUUUCA